CGAUGUACUAGUCUGUCAGGACGAACACACAGAUAGAAGAAGAGAUACUUUUGCUCACGUUUCUGCUGUGUGAGUUGUUUGCUGGUUCAUGUCAAAAUAAGGUUGUCGACGGAGGUGGGUUGCCAUGGCAUCACGAGCAGGACCGCGGGCUACUGGAACAGACGGCAGCGACUACCAGCACCGCGAGCGCGUCGCGUCACACUACCAGAUGAGUGUGGCUCUGAAGUCUGAGAUCAAGAAAUUGAACAUCGCCCAUGCAGUGGUCUGGUUUCUUAUCGCGGCACAGGUGCUUGUCAGCCAACUCAACCUGGUAUCCCAUAAAGUAGUGGCUUCUCCAUACCAAUGGGAAUACACAUAUCUCCUGAGCAUUAUACCUACUGUCUUCAGUUUCAUGGCUUUGCCAAAAAACAACAUCAGCUAUCUGGUCAUCUCAAUGAUCAGCGGCGGGCUUUUCUGCGUCGGUCCUAUUCUUUACGGAGGAAUGGAGAUGUUCCCUGUGGCUCAGCAGCUUUACCGCCACGGCAAAGCUUAUAGGUUCAUCUUUGGCUUCUCUGCCGUGUCUAUAAUGUACUUAGUCUUGAUUAUUUCAGUUCAGGUACACGGCUGGCAGAUCUACUACAGUAAAAAGCUGCUGGACGCCUGGUUCACCAACACACAAGACAAAAAGAAGAAAUAAGUGACUUCUGGAGGAUAAUGUUGAGUGUGAAUACUUGUUUGUGUCUUUAUUACAUUUCCUGAGGGUUCUUCGAUCAAAUACUUGUUAUGAUUAACUGAAUUGAGCCUAAGAGGAGAUCAGAUUUGUUAAACCGGGAUGUUCGGUGUCUGUCAAGCUUCUCAUCCACUGGCUCUCAGCCCAGAUCAAGACGUCACUGAUGUCCGUUUCUGCUUAGGUUUGAACUGCUGGCUUUGUAAUCUCUGUCUGUUCCCACCACACUGUCUUUGCAUAUACCUCAUGUCUCAUGAAUCGAACUCAGAUGAUCUACAAUUAUUCGUUUAAUAAUAUAGUUUCAAAUUUUUCUGCUCCCCCUAAAAAUUUGCUAACAAUAAAAUGCCAAUAAAAAUGUAAACCUUGACAA